AUGUCACCCCACAAGCCCCGGUCAAUCUCGUCCCCUCUCCGCGUCUCCCUUUGGGCUCUCGCCCUCGCCAAUGCUAUCAUAGUCAUCGUUCGCAUUGCGAUGACCGUCGGUCAGCACAUCGUAGACUCGAGGUUCACUCAGAAGGCGGAUUAUACAUGGGAGGGUCUUGACUACCCGCACCUCUUCCUUAGUGAACGCCUCGAGGAUGUUGCUAUGACCCUCCACGAAAGCGUACGGCUCGCAUUGAACGUGUCGAGUACAGUAGCAGAGGAGGAGUGGCAGCAAAGCACGGUGAUGACAGACAUCGGGCACGGACGCGUGCGCCUCGGACCGGACCAUCAUAUUUUCGUCGUAGCACACCUGCACCAGACGCACUGUCUACGCGUCUUCCAGCAUGCUCUCCUUGGCACUCCUGCGGUGUUGGGCGAGAGCGAUGGCAGUCCCGAGCACUUCAAUCAUUGCCUAGACUAUCUUCGGCGGACCUUUCUGUGCGCUGCUGACGAUACCCUAGAGAGAGGAGACUUCAUGGCGCGCGAUUUCGAGGUUGACAGGAUCGGUGACACACUGGUUUGCGAGGAUUGGGAGAGGCUGUAUGCGGAUAUGGGUCACAACUAUGAGGAAUGGACUGCAUGGAGUGGGCAGUGGAACUGA